CGAUGGAAGCAGCGGCAAUGGAAACGGUUUAGCUGGUCGGGGAUGCAGUCCUGCCUCCCUCAUUGGAGGUGGCCCCUAACCCAGCACUUCCUGGUCAACCCAGGAUGUCUGUUGAGCAGAUUCCCCCUCCAUUGUUUAGGAAGAAAAAAAAAACACACACACACAUACACACAGACAUCACCUCAAUUCGUCGAGCUGAGUCGAUCGGUAUAUAACACUAUGGGUCUCCGGGGCUUCUAUAAAAAGUUUGUUUUUGGAGCGAUUAUAUAGCCUUUACCGUAUACUUAGUAUACGAGAAAGGCAAAAAGGUGAAAAGUGACAUAAUAUUCAAUUUAACUCGCUUUUUUGGCCAGGUCAAUUUUUCAUUGCAGCGGGUAAUAAUGUAUCAACCAACGAAUCUAUAUAAUGUGCGUGUGGAGGUGGACAUAGUGGACCUAUUUGAGUUUGCUCAGGGAAGCAGAAGGAACUGGCUGGAAGGAAACGAAGUAUUCAAAAACAAUCACGUGUUGAUAGCAGGGGUCUCAAAAGUGGUCGAUGACACGUUCCACAUAUUCUGCAGCUGCCUCCGUGGAUCGAAUCCCGCAGAACCACCGAGAGAAAUUUAUAUGGUGGCAUCCCAAUACCUACAAGAUUGGGAGAUGCGGUGCACUUGCACAGCGGGAAAUUACCGUUGCAAACAUCUGUUUACAUGUCUUUUAUACAUUCACCAGAUUAAAGACUUGGAGAUGUUGUCGAGCACUGAUAUACGUCAACAAUGGGGCAAAGUGGCAAAAAUACAGGCGGCAAAUUUGUAUGAUCCUGCCCCACUGUCGUCAUUGUGCAACCAGCGCAAGAAAACAAUAUCUGAUGUUAUGUCUGAUGAUCUCGCUACGUCCAUUUUAAAACUUUUUAUAACAGAGCUACCAGACUCUGCCUUAGCUAAGUCGUUAGCAGGUAGGAGUAUACUGGACCAGUCGAAGGAUGGUCCCUCUCCAUCUUCUAAUCAACCUUGCACAUCAUUGCAGUACACAAAUCAACCAAAGUUGCCUGAAUUAAAUCUACACCAGCGAAGCACAGUAACUCACCAAAACGACUUUGACGAAGUACAACAAGCGCAGUCGUUUCUCAGGCCAUUUAUCACUAUACCACAGGUUACUUCCAAAUGGAAGUACUACUACGGACCACUGCGUUCUGACAAGAUGUAUCGAUUCUACGGCUCCAGAGUUUGUGUGUCCCCACAGAAAAGCCUGAUGAUUAGCGCCGAGACACACUGUCAAUCGAACAAUAUUUGGCGACGUGAGAGAAGCAUCCGCAUAACCGCGAGUGGAUCCUAUGACUUAUAUACAUAUUAUGUUAACGACUACGGUAACCGUGACUGGUCUAAGAAGUUGUCCUCGAUCAUCCACCCCAUGGAAAAACGGCUACCAUCUCUUAUGUACGGCAAGGAAAAGGAAAGCAUUGCUUUACGGUGUUAUACGAUGAAGAACCCAGGAAAGACAAUUAUACGAAUGGGUUUCGUGGUACCACCAUCAGCUCCUUUCAUGGUUGCUCUCCAGAUGCGGUUGUUGUAG